ACGACGUAACAAAUCUUAAUUGGUUUUGCAAAUGUGCGAUCAGAUAUUUUCCUUUUUAUUCUGUGCAAUUGUUCCAAAUUCCAUGAGGUUAAUUUUUCCUUGCUUGCAUUGUGCUGCUUGGGUUAUUGCAUUUUAUUUUUCUUCUUGAAUCGCUCCACUGAACUGCGGUGCGCAGUCCCGGGUUGCAAGGAGGAAGGAGCGAGGCGCCGAGCAAGUAGCUUGCUGUGCAUUCACCGCGCCGGGGGCGCAGAUAAUGGGCAGGCGGUGGGCGAACCCCGAGCAGCUGUUCCCCCUCUUGCUCAAGCUGCUGGCUCUGGGCUGCGGAGUGGCCUUGGGCUGCGAGCUGGGUAUUUACUACGCGGUGCUGCUGCGAUGUCGCUGGCCCCAGUUGAAAGAUUCAGCUCAGCGCGGGGAUCACAGACCCUCAGCGCCAGUGCUCAGGGCUUUGUUCCUCGCUGACACCCAUCUACUGGGAGCGCUCAGGGGUCACUGGUUGGACAAACUAAGAAGGGAGUGGCAAAUGGAACGGGCCUUUCAGACGGCUGUGUGGCUCUUUGAACCAGAUGCCGUGUUUGUUCUCGGUGACCUGUUUGACGAAGGGAAGUGGAGUUCCCCCAAGGACUUUAAAGAAGAUGUGAGGCGUUUUCGAAUGAUGUUCAGACGUUCUACCAGCACAGAGUUGUUCGUAGUUGUUGGGAACCAUGAUAUUGGCUUCCAUCACGAGAUGGAUUGGUACAAACUACAGAGGUUUGAGGAUGCGUUUAACUUCACCUCCGCUAAAGUGGUGUCAAGGAAAGGUAUAAAUUUUGUUCUGGUUAACAGCAUUGCUUUGCAAGGGGAUGGUUGCUCCAUUUGCAAGAAAGUAGAAAAUGAUCUUCAUCAGCUCUCCUUGGCACUGAACUGCUCCCGACAGCUGGAUUCAAAUCAUUCCAGUAGGAACUGUAAAGAUGAGGGAAUAUUCCCUGAAUCGGCUCCUAUUUUACUUCAGCAUUAUCCUCUUUAUCGAGUCAGCGAUGCGGAGUGUACGGGUGAGGAUUCUGCAUCCCCUGAAGAAAAGAAGCUCCUAUUCCGGGAGAAGUAUGACACCUUAUCUGUUGAAGCUUCUAAAAAGCUGCUAUGGUGGUUUCAGCCCCGGCUGAUUCUCAGUGGUCACACCCACUGUGCCUGCACUGUACUGCACGACCAGCACCUCCCUGAGAUCAGCAUUCCUUCCUUCAACUGGAGGAAUCGCAACAACCCCAGCUUCCUUCUGGCCAGUAUUACAGCAACAGACUUUGCACUCUACAAGUGUUUUAUGCCAAGAGAAAGUACCAUAGUUGCCAUUUAUCUCACAGCGGGCGGUCUGGCGAUCCUCCUGAUCUUAUUCCAUUUCCAUUUCUGCCAAUGGGUGACGCAUAGUCUGAUUCACAAACACAUCCAUUUGACAAAAGGACACCGAUCUGAUUAGCUCCUUUUGUCAGCAGGUGGUACUCUGGAUUAGGUGAGAUUCUAUGGAUUACAUUGAUAUUCCUUUGAGGAAAGGAAAUAUUUUUUUAAGCUUUUGGAGUAUGGGUUAUUAGAAUCUCCUCAGAUUGCGGCAAGUUGGAACUUGUAAAACUUGCCAGUGCACGAGUUAUUACCAGCUUGGAAGUGAGCUGAUCCUUCUGCUUAAAUAGGAGAAGUUGUUUCAAGAAACAAAUCUAAAGAGAGUGCUCAGCAUAAACAUCGCUCAUUCACCACCCUGAGAAAUAUUUGCUGUAGAUACCUGACUCUCUCACCAGCAUUGUUUUUAGGAACUGAUAAACAUUGUUUAAAAUAGAUUCAAAGAACCAGUCCAGCAAUAAAAUCAGUACCUUUACAAAAUUAACUAAAUUGUGCAUAUUGCAAUUGAUUUACAAUUUUGGUUGUAAUUUAGUGAGCCAUGUGGCUUGCUUUCAAUUGAGACAUAAAAUAAUGGCUACUUCAUUUGGAGAGUGAAUGGAUUACGAAUCAAUAUUCCCUUGAAACAAUUUAACCAGUAGCGUGUUCCCUUUGCUCUUCAAAUUGUUUUCUGAGUAAAAUGGGUUUGCUUUACAGGAGACUGCUGAGAGUCAUACACCCUUCCCAAUUCCUUCUCUCUGACCAGUGUACUGAAGCAGUAAAUACUCCCAGACUCUGUCUAUGAUUUCAUAGUCCUGUAUUACAUGUGCAGAUCCACCUUUUGAACCAAUAAGCACGUGGAUGUGGGAAUCUGAGUGCAAUGUUCAGAAAGCACCAUCCUGCUUUCUUGUUUCUUGAUUGCACGAGAACAAAUCAGACUUGGCAGAAAAUUCCAAAGGCAACACAACAGGAUCAUUUAGUUAUUGGGUCAGACCUCUGUGACGGCUUGCUGGCUGUUCUGUAGAGAACCAUUCACCAGUUCGCUGAAACGUGAAGCCUUCUGUGCAGUGUUGUACCUGGCCUCUUCCUGUGUCCCUGGAUUCAGCUCCUGGGUACAAAGGCAGAAAGAUAUCGAAAUGAAAUGUUGGAUACAGUUUGUAUCUGGUGCUUCAGCUUUACACCAGCCCAUAAUUGGCAUUUCUAGUGCAGUCGCCUUCAUUUGAAUGGAGUGGCCAAUAUUCAUCAAAAUGGAUACCAGUUUUUCUUUGACUCCUGAUAUUGCUGUUUUUAACAUAGAAUGUUUUUUUACAUUAAUUUAUUGUUCUUUUUUUAAAUUGUUUAAGUAUUCUGCUGUUUUGAAAUGCCUUUGAUCGUAGGAGAAGUUUAGAAACAAUAGAAAAAGUCUUUGGUAGCAUGAGCUGACAGGGCUAUCAUGGUGAUCCCUGGGUGGAGCCUUGUGCCUGUUUCCUGACCACUCUGCCUUUGGGUUGGCCAGGGCAACAGUACUGGGAGCCACGCAGCUGCUGAACGUUCAAGGACAUAAGAAGCUGGAACACGAGGAGGUCAUUGGGCUCCUCGAGCCUGCUCCAUCAUUCAUAGAGAUCAUCUACCUCAGUGCUAUUUACCUCCACCGUGUCUCCUGAUUCCUUAAUAACCAGAAACCCAUCCGUGUUUGGUGUGAACUCGCUGACCGAAUCUCCGCAGCCCUAGAGGCUAGAGCAUUGCGAAGGUUCAUCACCCUCUGUGUGUAGAAACUUUGCAUCUCUAUCCUGAAGGGCCAAUCCUUUAUUCUGUGAUCCCUGGUUCUAGACUCCUCGGGCAGGGAAAGCACCCUCCCUGCACCCAGCCUGUUGAGCUCCGUAAGAAUUUUGUGCUUCAGUGAGAUCUCCUCUCAUUCUGCUAAACUCUAGAGAAUAGUCUCUGUUUAAGUAACAUCUCCCAUUGUAGCAAACCCACUAUCCUUGGAACUGGUCUAGUCAAUGUCCGCUGCAGUCCCCCUAUGCAAAUAAAUCCCUUAUUAAGUAAGGAGACAAAAAUUGUGCACAGUACUUCAAGUGUGAUCUCACCAAGACCCUACAUAACAGUCUGUGGGUAUCCCGCAAGAGAUGAUGGGGAAGUGUGAGCCAGGUCAAGUGUGAUCUGCCCUGUUGUGUUUAUGAUUAAAAUGUUAAAGUAAGUCCAAAAGCACAGAGCAAUGCAUGACAGGAGGUUGCGUGCUGUCCCAGUGUUAGCAAGCUGUGUAUCUCUGUCACCAGUCCAAAUGACACCGUUCCUGUCUUUCUACCCACCCACUCUGCCUUUUCCUCUUUCCCCCAUUCCAAGAGCAGGGAAAUCUGCAGCUUCUUGUUAUGGGCUCCCUUGGUCCAUUAGGUGUGUUCGCAGCUCAGCUCCUUGCCUCCUCUCAGUUUUUUAAACAACUCUGAAUAAUUAACACACUGAAGGCCCAGGAGCCUUUUUAACGUAGACUAAGAUAUAUUUUCAUGUAGUCAGGACUCUUUUAGCUUUGUGUUUUACAGAUGCGGUUGAUUGAAGAUUGUGAUCAUGUUUUGGUAUUUUGUAUGGUUUUUAAAUAAGCACUUUUUUCUGUGGUGGAGCAUUUGAACCACUGAGACUGGACUACUGGAUCAUACUGAAUCUGACUGUUUAACACCAGCGAAUUGUAAACUGAAGCUCUGAUUCACAAGGCCGCGCACUUCCCGAAAAGUUUUGCCAAAUAUAAUUCCAAGAUUGUGCUUCUUGCCAAGUUGGCAGAAGUGUUAACACAUGGGCUUGAAAUUUCUCAGAGAAAGGGCCAGGAGGGACUCUGGGGUGGACAGCAUGACUUUGUGGCCUGUGUCUGCGCAGUUUCAAGUGGUUUGGGGGUCAAUCCCUUCUGCUGGGUCACAUUCCGCAGGCACUAAUAAUCUUUUUUCAUAUAAUAAUAAUGCUUAUUUGCUAAAAGCACUACAAAAAGGACAUUCAGUGUCAAGAUACUACAAGUAAUACAGAAAGCUGAAGAAAAGCUACACAAUCUACAGAGCUACAGCAAUAAUGCUCACUAACAACCGCGAAACACACCCGCAACACUUCAAAUAAGAAUCAUAUUUUCACUGUCCAUGACACACCAUCCCCUGAGGAGCCCACCGAUAGUGGAACUCAACCAGGGUGCCUGUGGAUACCGCGUGCUCCGUCUCCAAGGACACCCGUGUGUGGACGUAAGCUCGGAAGACGGGAGGUCAGGCAGACCGGCCGCAACCCUCGGCCGCCCGCUACCUGGACCCGUGGAUGGCCAGCUUGGCCAGGCUCAGGAGAAGACCGAUAAUCCUCUGGUUCCUGAGCUGGGAGCACCACCCAACACUGAUCAAGGGGAGGACCCAGUCAGACCCUCGGACUUUGCAUUGAUUGUUUCCCUGCCAAACCAGGGAGGAAAUCCCAGUUCUGUUUGUUCUUGCUCAGCUACUGUGAGAAGCACAAAGAUUCAAGCAUGUGGGUGUUCUCGUUUUGCGGGGAAUUGCCAUAAAUAUCGACACACAUUCAAGUCUGAGACUAAAUACAAGCUUAGCUACUGAUGUUACCUGAUCAUUUAAAUUCCUUUACUUAUAUCCUGCUGUGAGAAGCACAAAUAUUCAAGCACGUGGGUGUUCUUGUUUUGUGGGGAAUCGCCAGAAAUAUCGACACACAUUCAAGUCUGAGACUAAAUAUAAGCUUAGCUACUGAUGUUACUUGAUCAUUUAAAUUCCUUAUAUCAAGAAUAACAUUUUCUGAAAUUCUGUGUGUCAUAUUGACCAUCACCUCCUGUAUGAAAUAGGUGCAAACGAUUAUUACAGUUUGAAGACUUUUUUGUGAUUUAUUAAAAUAAGUAGUUACUAGGAAAAAAACUUGUCCUAUUAAAACUCAUCAAAACA